GAGCAUUUCUACUGACACCUUUACAUGAAUUGUCCAUGGAGCGUGCCGCUCUCAUAUGUGAGAAAAUGAACUUUAAAGGAUGUUUCAGUCUGACGAAAACUGCUACAGGAAUCCUAUUCAAAUUUUCACAUCCAGAUGAUUAUCAAGCCGUUUAUAAAAAAGGGUUUCAUAAAGUGACCGGCGCAAGGUUUUACCGCAAGAUAGCGAUUCCCUGCCGACCGAAAAAAACAUUCACACUCUUCGUCAUGGACGUCCCGGAAGAUUUGCCUGUUGAAGACAUUAGACAUGCAUUGUAUAAGUUCGAUUCGAUAGUAGAGGUAGUGCGCCUUCAUUAUCAAACCCAGCCAACAAUUUCAAAUGACAAGGGUCAAGAAGGUGCUGUUAUCAGCAGAAAUGAAGUAACUGAGAAAUCCGAACGAAGAGAAUCACCGGCAGCCGUCAUUCGAAUAACAUUGGCCUCAAUGGACGAAUACAAUAUAUUAUUGCAAAAUGGGUUAAACUUUUAUGAUGCUACGUUCUUCCCAACAGAAGCAAAUCUUCAAAUGAAAGGUGCAAAAAUUGACUAUAAAAGACGAAUUUUUGAUGGAAAUAAGCCGAGCCGCGUACGUGAAUUACUUCCUGUUUUCGAUGCAACUGGUUUUCGUAAAUUGCCUCCACCUGCGAGUAAACUUAUAAAGCCAUCGAGGAUUAUAAAGUAAUUGUUUCUAAUAAUAAAAAUGCACUAUUACAAAAAAAAAAAAAAAAUAUUUUUUCAAAUACAUUACCACGUAAAAUUAAUAUCGAAAGAUGCUUCUAAUUCUGUGCAUUCAUUUUUACUUUAUU